AUGACAAAUUACCAAGCUUUUCCUGUACUGAAUCAGCAGUUUAUUGUUGAUAAAAAAUAUCAGUUCAUUCGUGAAAUGGGUCAAGGUGCUUAUGGUGUCGUUUGUGCUGCCAAAGACACUUCUACAGGUGAACAAGUAGCUAUUAAAAAGGUCUGUCGUAUCUUUGAAAAGACUAUUCUCGCCAAGAGAGCUUUACGUGAAGUCAAGCUAUUAAAGUUCUUUAAUGGACAUGAAAAUAUCACUUCUGUACUUGAUAUGGACAUUGUUAACUUGCAAGACUUUAAUGAAAUUUAUCUUGUACAAGAAUUAAUGGAAGCAGAUCUUCAUCAAAUCAUUCGAUCAGGUCAACCUUUAACAGAUGCUCACUUUCAAUAUUUUGUAUAUCAAAUCUGUAGAGGAUUAAAGUAUAUUCACAGUGCAAAUGUAAGUAGUAAUAAUAGCAAUUUACUUGUUAACGCUGACUGUGAGUUAAAGAUUUGUGAUUUUGGUUUGGCCCGUGGUUAUUCUGACAACCCGGAUUACAAUGCCGGUUUUAUGACGGAAUAUGUUGCCACACGAUGGUACAGAGCUCCCGAAAUUAUGCUUAGCUUUCAAAGCUAUACCAAAGCAAUUGACAUGUGGUCUGUUGGUUGUAUCUUUGCUGAAAUGUUGGGUGGAAGGCCUCUUUUCAAAGGAAGAGAUUACGUUGACCAAUUAAAUCAAAUCCUCGGUAUAUUGGGUACACCAGAUGAAGAGACAUUACGUAGAGUAGGCAGUGAACGAGCUCAAGUAUAUAUCAGAAGCUUACCUAGAAUGCCCCGAAUUCCAUUUGAAAACUUAUAUCCAAGAGCCAACCCCUUAGCUAUUGAUCUAUUGAACAAGUUAUUAGAAUUUGAUCCAUCUAAGCGUAUCACUGUAGAAGAAGCUCUUGCUCAUCCAUACCUUAGCGCCUAUCAUGAUGAAGACGACGAGCCUGUACAUACGCAGACUUUUGACUUUUCUUUUGAAGUUGUAGACUCUAUUGAAGAAAUGAGUCGCAUGAUUGCACAAGAAGUCAUGACAUAUAAAGCAUCCAAACAGCAAUCACUUCAGCCCACUGCCAACACAGGUGCAAACUUGCGAAGAAGAGAAAGGUUAGUUUAUAUAGAUGAAAAAGGGAAUAUUUAUUGA